UCUGCCCUUGAUAGAGAAACUUCUCCCAAGCUGUUAAUAAUGUAUUCAUCUGUGUGCAUAAAUAGCCUGGCCAUCUUUCACUACAGCUGUUUUGUUGUAUUGAGUUAUUGAUGUGACAUCUGUGAGGGUGUGUGUGUAGAGUUUAAGAUCUUGUUAGAGUGACCUAUAUAGCCCCCCUCCCCACUAACACCAGACAGUAGGGAGUAGCUAUUGAGCUUAUAUCUGUUCUGUUACAGUGGGAGUUACGUUCAGUGGUGUUACAUUCAUGGCUAUGUAGUGAUGCGGAGAUACAAUCAGAUAAUGACUGAGAAGUAGAGACAUUUGAUGGCUAGAUUAAUGGCCACUUCAGGUGGACAAGGGGAAGUGAGGUCUGGCUAGGACAUUACGCACACCAGACACUUGAAGCUGGACAGUAGUAGUGAGUGUGUCAGUGGUGUUAAUAGCCACCUAUAUUACCUUGGUCUGUCACUCUAGUAAGAAGUCCUUGCUGCUCUGGGUGACUAAUGCAUACCCUAGGCCCAGUUAAGACAAGAUAAAGAGGUCUGAACAGAGACUCCCACUUUGUGAUUCUACACAGUGAUGUAGUGGACUUAAAGAGAUAAGUCUGUGUGUGUGUGUGUUUUCACUCUCAAGUUGACCAUGUAUAGGCGAAUGGAUGGCCGUAGAGUUGCCGACUACUUUGUUGUGGCUGGCCUUGACCCUAAUGUUCAACUUCCUUUGGAAGAGUUUUCUAACGAAGCCAUCACAAAACCAACCAGUCGAUUAGAUCCAAUUACUGAUAUUACAGUCAUCAACAGGAGUCUUGGUGAAAAAGUCCCCAAAGGAUAUGAAUGUAUAGAGCAGACGCCAACCGGUUACCCAGCCAAUCUGAACCAUGGAAGCAUCCGCUGUCCUGACAUGUUUAUAUGUUACAAGAGAGGCAGGGAUAAACCUCCACUUAAAGACUUGGGCAUCCUGUAUGAAGGUAAAGAGCAUGUGAUGGAAGGGUGUGAGGUGGUGAGUACCACCCUGGAGGGUCAUCCUGCCAAUGUCAAUAACAGCAACAGCAGCCGCACAUAUAUAACCUACAGACGAGCUGAAAAGUCUGCACCUACUGAUACUCUGGUAGUUGUUGACAUUUGUGUCAUCUUAGGCAACAGGAAUGAAGAGCCACCUCUUACAUUUUUGAAAAUAUUGAAAAAUUUAAAUAAAGGAAUGCUUGGCUCCGAUGUUUUCCUGUGUUACAAAAAAGCAAUGGUGAAAAACAAUGUCCUGGCCUACAAAGCUUCUAUACUUGACAGAUACCCCUUAGAAGACUACAGUGACUUCCCUUUGCCCCAGUCUGUGCCUAUGUUCUGCCUUCCGAUGGGGGCCACCAUAGAGUGCUGGGCAGCUGAUGCGCAACAUCCUGUUGCCAGUUUCUCAACAUUUAUCCUAACAGGAGCUGGCGGAGAGAAGGUUUAUGGAGCAGCAGUUGGUUUCUACGAAGAAUAUAGAGAAGAAGAUUUGUCUGAUUUACAAAUGAGGUCACUUGGUCUAAAGAAUCGUCAAAUUCGGCAGCAGUUCAGCAUUCAGAAGACUGUUCAUGUCAGAAAGUCUAUUUCUUUGCUUUCACAUUGGCCUUUCUUUGACGCCUUUAAGAAAUUCCUGUCCCAGCUGUACAAGAUCUCUAUCACAGGUCCGCACAAUGUUCCCAUGGAGCGGCACAUCUCACAUUUCAUGUUUGAUGUACCUUACCCCUCACCGGAAAGGCCGAGAAUAUUGGUGCAGCUGACCCAUGACUCUUUGUCAUUGUGUAUGCCUGAAGACUCACCUUUGCCACAAAGUGGUGCUUCAUUCAUCACUUUGUUAAGGAAUCUUGGUCCAGAGCUGACUAUGAAUCUUCUGUUGUUUGUUUUGUUGGAAAGUAAGAUAUUGCUGCAUUCACUUCGUCCUACUGUGCUCACUGAAGUAGCUGAGGCUGUCUCAACUAUGAUAUUUCCAUUCCACUGGCAGUGUCCUUAUAUUCCUCUCUGUCCACUGGGUCUUUCUGAUGUUCUUAAUGCACCUUGUCCAUUUAUUGUUGGUGUUGAUUCUCGCUACUUUGACCUGUAUGACCCACCGCCAGAUGUCAUUUGUGUUGAUCUUGAUACAAAUAGAAUUUCACCGCCUGAAGAUAAAAAGACUCUGAGUUAUAAAUUCUUACCAAAGAAGCCAACCCGUGUGCUCCAGGAAAGCUUAUUAAGGUUGUACGAUAAAGUCAGCAGUCUGAACAUCAAUAAAGUCACGAAUGAUGAGGUGUCGCUGGAGAUGACUCACUUUGAUAUUGACUUUAGAAGAAAGAAGAGAGAUAUGCAGCUGGAACUGUCUAUACAAGAAGUGUUUCUCAGAUUUACUGCCAGUUUGUUAAAGGAUUACAAGAACUUCUUAAACCCAAUAACAAAACAGCCAAACUUAAGGGCAACUGAUGCCGCUUCAUUGUUUGAUAUGCAGGGUUUUCUCAAGAGCAGAGAUAAAGCCAACACCAAGUUUUACUCCCAGAUGAUGCGCACACAGAUGUUCUUCCGGUUCAUCGAGGAGAGGUCUUUUGUGUCCGAUAAAGAUGUCAUUUUCGCCUUCUUUGAUGAAUGUACAGAGAAGGUUGAUGAAACCAGAGAUGAACCAAAACUAAUUGAAAUUGACAACAGCCAGAUGAGUGAACGGACUGUGUUCAUCAUGCCUCCAGAGCCUGUUGGUCUACCUGAAGGAGUCAAAUACAGCUACAAUGGGUUCCCGAAGCUAAAGCAGGACUUGUUCCUGACCAAGAAGAAAGAGAUUCUGUCAGUGCCCAGCAAGCAGCUUUGUCCCAAUAGUCCACUGGCCCGCAGAACAAAACAGGAAAUCAAAUCUGCCCAGAAGGUUGCUCAGCAGCAAGUUGGAAAUCCAAAAUCUUGGGCUAAGUGUCUUCUCAGUUACUGCUACAGCCUGUGGUUUGUGGUUUUCCCUUCAUAUGUUCAGAGUCACCCCAAAAGGAUGGAAGCUUUGAAGGUUGGUAUGGCUGUGAUGAGGAAGAUGCAGGAAGCCAAACUCAGCACAGUUGAUGAGCUCUGUUAUCGAGUGAUGAUGCAGUUGGCAGGCCAGUACAACAAACCAGGGCUGGCUGUCCAGGUGUUUACUAUGAUGAAAAAACAUGGUGUCCACCCCAAUGCUAUCACUUAUGGUUACUACAAUAAGGUGAUGCUGGAAGCUAAGUGGCCAUCUCCCCAAUCAAAGGGCCGUCUCAGGUGGUUGAGGAUUCGCAAUGUGAUUAUUGGUGUGGCCCAGUUCCGAAGAACAAUACGUCGCCGCAGCUUGUCACUGUACUCCAACUCUGGCAGUGAGUUUGAUCAGAUCAGCCACACCAGUGCUGAAAGCUAUCUGGGAGAGGCUGCCAGCCAACAGAAAACUGAUGUGAUGAAAUCUGACCCAGUUGUACCAAUAGGCAGUGAACACACUUCUGAGGAUUCGCUGAACAAGAAUAAUGGCAGUCUGGAGGAGAGGAUGAGCACUGGAGGUGUGUCUGACAGGGGCUAUAACUCUAUGACACAAGAAGAUGUCAAACAACUUUCCCAGAUAGUCAUAGCUGUGAAUGAUAAUGUCAUGUCCACCUCGCCAGCCUCCAGUGAAAUGAAAUCCAGAAUGGAUGCAUGGAAUCCUCUCAAUCUGUUGGUUGGAACUAACCAAAAACCAAAGCAGCACCUUGACAAAGUCAAAAAAGAAGUCCAUAUUGUAGAUGACAAGAUCAAGCACCAUGGGGCCAGCCACAGGCCACGUGUUGGGAGUAUUGUCAAGCGUUCAGUUAGUUCUGUCCACCCGAAUCACAGAGAUGAUUUUGAAAUACUCAAGGGCUCUUUAUUAAAUAACUCGUGUGGCCUGGUCAUGCUAAGUAAAGUGUGUCUGGAGAAGAGUUCCUGUUUACCAGAUACAGAUCUACGUUUACAAGUCGAAGAAGCCAAAAGGCGGCGGCACCGCAGUGCAGGAGAGAACCAUCCUAAACCCUCACGCUCAAUGAGCCUUUUUGCCAGCUGGAGACCUCCUCGCAUUGCAGCAGGUCAAGGUCAGGACUCUGACGACCCACUGAAGUUGAGGUUGAACUUUUCAGACUUGAUAAAAAAGGAGGAAGAUGACAUUUCUUUGGCAUCACUUGCCCCUAAAGACAGUAGCCAUACAAUGUCUGAAUCCUCAAGUAGUGAAACCAGUAACUCUCUUGUGCAAUCCACUAAAGACAAUGAGUGCAAUUCUGUGGAGUUGAGUUUACAACUCCUCCCUGAGAACUCUUCGCUGACCACCAUUGAGACCAAUUCUCCUAGUCCUUAUUUGCCUGGCUCUGUGGCUUUGGAGGAAGGUCCAGUUCUCGGGACAGUUCCUGAAUAUUCUAGUCAUCCGCUGAGUGACCACAACUCAACGCCUAAAUCCAUUCUUCAGACUAUCACUGAACAAAGUUCUCAGAUAAUUAAUGACUCAACGUCUCUCCCUAUCAAUAGUAAUAUUUCAAACAGUGGCUCCUCUUCAUCAGCAGAAGCUAAAACUUCCCACGCCCAGCAAAGCAGCUCAACAUCAAAUGGACCCACUGAUAAUGUCGCAGUAAACCGCCGAGAAAUCCGAAGGUCAGUAUCUAUACCCGAGGACAGGCUGAGCAACCAGUUGACAGAGUCUAUGAUUAAACAGUCCUUAAGUGAGACUGGCCCUAUGCUUAACUCGCCAGAGUCUAAUAAAAAAACUGAAACACGGUCCGUGAAACAAAUUUCUGAAGAUUCACAAUCAGUGAGUUCACUGACCGAGACCCGUAGAGAGAAAGCCACUGACUUUAUGUUCAAGAGGACUCAUAGCUUGAAGAAAACAAACGAAGCUUUUGGUAGCUUUCUUAAGUAUGCCUCCAACGCUUCUAAAGCAGCCUUCACUAAACUAAAUGAGCUCAAAAAUACGAUAGCCACUCCUAUCAAAAAUGGCUCCCUGGGCUCCUUGACCCAGUCCAAUGAAGAGCUGGAUGCCAAUGAUGGUAGCAGUACCAGCGGGACAAUACGAGAUAGGCUGCGCCAUGGUGGGAGUCAGGAUCUGCUGAGUCACAGUGAGGAAAGUGAUGUGACGGAUGACACUGACAAGAGAAUGUCCGGUUUGUCUUUUGAAAGUGUACCAUCCCCUUCUUUCCUGGAGGAUUACACUAGACUUGGGGAUUUCCCUCGUCCUUCUAAUGGUGCAAUAGGAUCUUCUGUUGAGCAGCUGGCAGAGGACUUCAUAAAGAUGGAGGUGGCGAUGGAAGUGGAGAUGAGCUCCUGCUCCCGUUGUACAAAAUGUAAUCGUCUCAUCUAUGAUGAAGAGAUUAUGGCUGGUUGGUCAGCUGAGGAUUCGAACCUUAACACAAGCUGUCCAUACUGUCAUGCCAAAUUUGUACCACACCUACAAAUAUACCUUAAGGAUUGGAGAGAGAAUAGAGCAUCAGCUGGCAGCACCGAGAAGAGCUAUCCAACUAAAGAGAAGCUGCUUGCCAGUACAGACCAACAGGAUGGCUUGGCAAUGUCCACAAUGGGUUCACUGGUUGGCCAGGAGCAGAGCUCGCUGGAGCGCGGAGAGAUGCCCCUUACCUUUGAGGAAGCUGCUGAAACUAUAAGGCGACGUUGCACGAGUGAAUGCCUGACCAGUGAGUCUGGUUUUGGGUCCAGCUUGGAUAGCCCAACUCAUUUUUUUCAACGGUCUCCUCUCAGCCUAUCUAUAGAAGAAGAGACACCGCAAGGGACUGCUUCAUCUGAACAACCAGGCAUAAGAAAGGAUUUUAUGACAAGGUCGGCCUCAUCGUCUGAGCCUAUAGUUUUGCCUUACUUAAGUCCCCUUGUUUUGCGCAAAGAGGUGGAGUUUGUGUUGGAUCACGAGAGCAACAUGUGCCUUGUAAGUGACACUUUUGUGGAGGAUCACCCAAUUAUUUUCUGGAAUUUGGUUUGGUUUUUCCGGCGAAUUGAACUGCCAACACACCUGACAGGUUUCCUGCUGACAUCAAAAGCUUUCAAUGCCAACAAGAAAGAUGAGCUCCAGCUUGGCAAUAAAACCAAAAGCUACACCAGCCAAAAUAUUUUGAUAAGACCCCAGUGGGAUAACAUCCGAAUACAUGAUGAGAUAGGACUUCCUAUGUAUUUAGCUUGGCGAGCAGGUCACAAGUCUACGGUUGUUGAUGCGUUAGUUAUAGAAUCUGAUUGCUUCAGUCGACCCAUAAUGUGGCAAAUUGUUUCUGCCAUUAAACGAAAUGAUGUGUUGGCUGCUGUCAAAAUUGUGGUUAGCGCUAGGAAGAAAAUUAACUCCAAGAAGAGACGUUUCCGCAGCAUGUAUAGGGAGAUUCUGUUUUUGUCCUUUGCUGAAUGUGGCAGAGAGAAUAUUGACCAUGAUGCAUUUGAUAGAGAAUACAGCGCUUGCUUUCAAGAGAAGCUCGAGCAAUGGGAAAUUCAGAGAUUACAACUUGACGAUCAUCCUAAAGCUGCCAAUGUUCAGUGGUGCCGGAAAGUCUUUGCAGAGUUGGAAGUUUGAGUUGUGACCCGUGGACAGAGCUGGGGGUUGUGACGCUGUGGGAUCACUCUGUGAGACCGGCUGGACACGUGGACAGAGCUUUGGCCGCACAAUUGUCGUACCUUCUUUUUUUUAACUCUUCAAUAUUUCUGUUAUGUGCAUCACAGAGUGUCACAGCUGUAAAUAUGUUCACCGUACAGUUCACCACGAUGACGCUGGCAUGUUUACAUAUAUUUUUUUUUGUAAAUCAUUGGCAAUAAUUUAUGUUUAGGAAUAUUCUUUUUUUUUUUUUUUAUGAAUCAAGAUUUCUUGAGUUUGACCAGAGAGCCAUUCUUACAUUUGGCCUAUUACAUUGAGCUAUUCACUUUGGCUCAUUAAGAAUACGCUCACUUGAAACUUUCUUUGGAGACUGCUUGUGAAGAAACCCAAUUCCCUAUGAAUGACAAAAAGUUGCGUGUUUGGGCAAUGUGAUAUUGACUUUCUGAAUUGCAAUUCAGAUGUAUAUAACUGUGUACAUAUAUAUGCAGCCAGUCAAGUGAUACAAUGACACCAGUUGUUACUAUUCUGUUGAAAUGCUUUAGUACUUGUUUUCUUUGUAACUAAUAUUGUCUAAAUGUGUUACACUUUAUAGUUGACCUUUUUACGUAUAAAUAUAUUUAUACAGUGUCUAUUCAAACUUAAUAUUGUCUGUUAUAAUGGCUCAGGAGAAUGCCUAAGCCGUGUGUUAUGAUGUAAGUCAUAGAAAUGGUGUAAGCUAUGAGCUGAACACUCUUCAGAAUUUUUUAGAAAUAGGAUCAAAAGAAUGGAUCCAAAAAGGGAUUAACCCCCAAUUCUAAGUUAGACAAAAGUUUUAAUUUGUAAUCUGCUCUUUCUAUUGGACCUUAGUUGACCUUUAAUCAUCAUUAGUGUACAUAGUCAAACCCUUCUAAAACAGCCUUAUCCUCUAUCUUCAGUGCUGUCGAGUCUUCACCUUUACCUCAGAUCAGCAGCAUCUUGACAUUACUGUCUAGUUCUGGCGGCAUUCAUCUAUAUAGAUUACUCACUGAAAGCUUUGUUGUUGUUUUUUUUAAAGUUUUUUUCAUUAUUUCUUUAGUAUCAGUAGUUCUGCUUUAGUAUUUCUUCUAUUUCUGUAGUAAUUGCCUAAGUUUUUUUCCUGCAGUAGAAUCUCUAUUUAACUUUUGGCUUAAAUCUAGUAUUAGAACUCUUUUGUAUGUAGGAUUUAAAGAGCAAUGCUUGUUGAAGGGAAUUAAAUAAUGCAAUAUUUAGUUUUUAGUUUAUUAAACCACUGUGUUCUGUUCAGCCCAUAUUAUCAUUUUGUAAAGACUUAUAUUUUGCCUUCAUUUGCACAGUGACUUUACUAGCAACAAUGAAAGGAGUUAGAAGUACUUUUCUCAUUCAGUGAACUCACCAGUGGAGAAAUACUUGAGUAACAUGUUCAAACCAGCAUAAUAUUGUUUAACUUUUGCACAAGGACUAUGUCAGUAUGAAUCAUUUAACGUUGAGAGCAAACUAGUGGUUCAAUUAGAAAUGUGUCCUAUGGUUGUUAAUAUUGUUUUGAAAGGGAAGGGUUAAAAAAGUUUGUUAUGGUUGGGUGAUGAUUGCGAUAAGCAUUGUUGCCUCACAGGCAAAUAAGCUAAUGAGCAUUAACACCAGACCAUCAGCAGCAUACAUUGAGAUGUUUUGGGGUAAAAACUUGUCAACUUCAGAGGUUGGGAUAGCAACAAAAUUUAACACUCCUUUUUAAGUACAACACUUGAGUUAUUAGAAAACAUUGUUUAUUGGUUUUAAGUUGGUGUCAGAAGUGAGGUUUAGAUGACUCACAGUUGUAGUUCAUGUUUAUUUCAAUUACAAGGAACUGGUAGAUAAUGUCUUUGAGUUGCACAUUCCACUCUCUCUGUGUCUCACAGAGACAUUAAUUGUCUUAUAGUAUACGGUGAACUUUGAUCUUAUAGUCAGCUCUAGUUUUACUUAAACUUAGUCUUUGUGAUAUUGGCAUUGGGUUGAGUGUACUGUUAUUAAUUUACUUUUUUUAAACUAACUAGAGGGAAUGAGUGCUUGUUAAAUUCAGCAAUGUUUUAUUAUCAAGUAUUUGUCACUGCAAUAUGAACUUCUUGUAUUGUGCAUAGAAUCCUAUUCUAUUUUUUUUUUAUGAUUGUAUCAAAAUUGAAGAAAUAUUCAUUUGCUCAAUGAGUUGAAUUUCUACACCUC